AUGGUCACAUCACGUGAGGCGCUCCUGCAUCAGCUGACCCAGUUCUUGAGGAAGAGGAGGAGGAAGAGGCAGGGCUGGGGGCCUCUCUGGGGCAUCGGUCCAGGGCCCAGCCUGCAACAUGAGGUUCCGGUUCUGUGGCGACCUGGACUGUCCAGAUUGGGUCCUAGCAGAGAUCAGCACGUUGGCCAAGAUUUUUCCCUGAUUGGAGGUGGGUGGGCAGGAGUUGGCAAGAGAGUGUGGCAAAACAGAGUGAUGGACAUGAAGACAGGAAGGACCCAAGUUAGAGUCCAGCCUCUGACAGCCACAUCUUCUGUCAAGCUGAAGCUGAUCUGCAGCCAGGUUCUGAAAGACCUCCUGGGACAGGGGAUUGAUUUUGAGAAAAUCCUGAAACUUACAGCCGAUGCCAAGUUUGAGUCUGGCGAUGUCAAGGCCACAGUGGCGGUGCUCAGCUUCAUCCUCUCCAGCGCAGCCAAACACAACGUGGACAGUGAGUCCCUCUCCAGUGAGCUGCAGCAGCUGGGGCUACCCAAAGAACAUGCCUCAGGAUUGUGCCGUUCCUAUGAGGAGAAGCAGGGGCCCCUCCAGGAGAGCUUGAGGGGCAGCAGCCUAAGGUUGAGCAGACUGGACAGUGUUGGCUGGCGUGUGGACUACACAGUUAGCUCCAGCCAGCUCUGCCAUGUUCAUGAGCCGGAGGUGCACCUGAGGCUAGAUGUUCGGCGUGACCCAGCUGGUCCAGCAGAGCCCAUCGCCAUGACGCUGUCAGUGAAGAAAUUCCAAGUUCUGUUGGCAGAACUCAAACAAGCACAAGCCUUGAUGGGUUCCCUGGGCUGAGAGUUGUUGGACAAGAAGAAAAGGAAGCCAAGGAGUGGGACUGGCUCAGCUCAGCCCUAAACCUCCGUGUUGGGGCUGAUGACCUUUCCCUCUGUCUAUAGCACCCAUUCCAUCUCUCCACCAGGCCUGGGUAUGGUUGGUCCCCAUCUUCAAGACAGCUCAGCCCAGUGAGCUCAGCAACAGGACCUGGUCGGGUUGGGAACCCUCUAAGGUGCCUUCCUGAUGUCCACCUCCACUGUCGCCUCUCCCCGGUUUUGUACCUUUUUACUGAAUGGUGGAAGGAAUAAAUGUUGUCAUUGAGGCUG